AUGCCUUCAGCAUGGAAGACCAUGAUUAUUGGUAGUAGUAGUAAUAAAUCCUCAAACAUGAACCACACCAAUAACAACAAUAAUAAUAAUAAUAACGGUAAUGGUCGAGACCCGACAAGAUCAUCAUCACCCACACCUAUUCGUUCAUCAAGUCGUGGCCGUGGUCGUAGUGGUAGUAGUAAGGAUGAUGAGCCUCCAUUACAGCAUGAAAGAUCUCCUCAGGUUAAUCGGGCCAAUACUCUUAUACUCAAUACGGAAGCAUCAGCAACAAGACGGGAAGAGAAUGAGGAACAAUGGUAUGAGCAACAUCAUCAUCAUCAUACCUCAAAGAAAUUUGGAUUUCUUGAUCGGUUUACCAUGCUCGGAAAUAGCCCUUCAUCAAAAGAUCAUAAACGCAGUCAAAGCCCGAGAGCAACCAUGAUUAAGGGAAGAACUCUUAAUUUGGAUCAUGAAGAUUUUGAGUCGUUCAAUAUAACAGCGCCUUUUGAUGCCGAGACAUUAAUCAUGAAAAGGGGAUCGUCGUUGGCACACUCAGAAAAUCGUGGACGUUCUGAAUUUACAGCUGUCGUGACUACGGUCUCAAAAACACAAAAAUCCAUUCCUAGUGAAUUACUGCUUGCCCUUGAGCGAUUUCGAGUGAGAAAGCAUGGAGAGUUACCAACAGCAGAGGAACCAACUUUCUCGGAUUUCAUUCGAAAUAUUCAAGAACGAGAAGAUCUCACAAAUACGGACAAGUUAGAAAUUCUAAUGAAGCAACUUUCACAACAUUAUGUGGCGUUGGAAUAUCAUCAUAAUUAUCAACAGCACAAAUUCAAAUCUACUACUACCAAUCAUCAUUCACACGAGUUUAAAUCUUUCAAAAAUAAGGAAAUUUCAAAUUACUGCUCGGCCCUUGGGAUAUCCCUCGCCGAAAAUAGUCAGCUCAUGAUCAAUAACUCGCUCUUCCAUACUCUGAAACAGGCGUAUGAAGCAGUGAAUGAAAAUGAUAAUCCAAAGAGUGGUUCUGCAGCAGAUUGGUCCAUGUAUGUGGCAUCACUUGUGGAUGCUCUCAAGUUGUACCUUCCAAAUGCAAAGAAGUUGACCACAUUUGGUCUUCUAUCGAGUAUCAAGCAAUUAGUAACCACUUGCAUCGAUGAAUCUUCUACGGAUGGUGACAUUUCUCUUUCAUAUCAUUCCUUGAUCAAUAAUUUGUUGUCCAUGGCUCCAGACACAAAAUACUCCACUAAUGUAUCAAUGGAAAUCAAAAUUGAAGAUGUGAGUAACCAGUUUCCAAUUCAAAUAGAUGGCUGUGCUCAACGAUAUGACAAAAAGUAUCUAAUUGCAGAGUUACGGGAGAAUGACUUUGAAGAUGACUGGGAAAAGUAUGAUAUUGAUAUGUUCAAAUUACUGUUGUGCAUGAAAUCGAGUUUGAUUGAGAAUCUAGAAAAUUCAAAGCUUGACAUCAAAGAUAUCGCAAACAAAUCCAAAGUGAGUGGCUUAAUUGCCUCAAGAACAGCCAUUCACCUCUUCAUUUUAGAGGCGUGUUUUGACAAGGAUCCUAUAUUGAAGAACUUUUCGCCGCUCGAUAUUGAGCUCGAGGAUGUGACUCUGAUGAAGGAUCCAAAAUGCACUCUUACUCACUUCAAGCUUCAUCACCGACAAUUUUGUCCUCUCGAUGAGGAAUCUCUCCUCUCUUUCAUUAGUCUUUUUUCGAGACAUGUAUUUCUAUAUGCCCCUAAAAAAUCUUCGAAACGAAGUAAUGCGUUAGCCAUUUCGAAUGCCUCCAUCCACUACCAGACCAAUUCCAUGAAACAUCACAUUGUAUCAGAUACCUUCUCUAAUGUGAAUGUGAACAUUUUGUGUGGCCGAAAGGUGUUGCAAAUUCAUGAAGAGACUUCACACAACACUCCUCUCUACACAGUGACAUCUACAAGUCUCAUGAAGCAUGUUUCACCCAAUGAAUUGUACAUUAUUCAAUUGUUAUUGUCUCGAUCCGACUACUCCAAGCACUUGCCUCACGUUUUAUCCCUUCAUAAGAAUUAUGUUGAAUUUGAAAAGUUGGAACCAAUUGCAGACGAUUUGCUUUGGGAUGAAACGAGUAUAUUCAUGUUGAUCUUGGAUGUUGCAAGUGCAUUAAGAUUGCUUGACGUGAGGGAGAAUAAUUAUUUGAACAAUAUUGUGGAAUCAAGUGCGACAACAAUUAAUGGUCACGACUCCAACAAUGAAAGAAGUAGUUUGUGGUUUAGAGCUCCCGAAAUGUUAGAUGAAGAAAAUUCUUCACACUACUCAGAAAAGGUGGAUAUCUAUGCUCUGGGAGCCAGUGUCUUGAGUAUUAUUGAGAAGAGUUCAUGGUCAAAAAAGCAUCACAAAACCACAACAGGUGUUGGGCUUUCGUCAGACUUUGGUUCGCCAUCCAACUCAUCACAUUUGAAAAAGAAGUUGGAAUUUUCCACUACCACGAAUCAAGCUACAAUAGGAUCCACUGGCAUUGCUUCGAGUCACAAUUCAACCAAUAGUCAUGAUGAAGAUGGGAAUGUUGUGAAUUUAGGAUCGUCACUCUAUUGGAAUGAAAUCAUGUCCUCGCUGAGUAGUAGCUGUCUCAGCACGCCUGUUCGAACAAUUUUGCAACUCAUGUUGGAUCAGAAUCCAAACAAGAGGCCCAGUGCCUUGGAAGUGGAAAAAACCGUUCGUGUGCAUCUUGUUCACAAAAUUGAGCCAAGAAGAAGGGAGAGAACAUUGUCCGUAUUGCGUAGACCAUAG